AUGUCACGAUUAACAAAAUUGUGCCGAGAUGAGAACUCCUGUCCGAAUGCGAAUUGGGAAAAGAUCAGGUGUACGCUGAAACGCGAAUUCCUAUCUUACGACAAGGCUCUAAAUGAACUGAACAGAAUGGAAUCAAUGCCGGACACGGAAGCGGAUGAAAAGGAUGCACAACCGGAAGUCAAAAAGGUUCGCCAUACGAACAUUGCUAAAAAAGUACCAAAAAUUCACCAGGGAACUGUCAAGGAUUUUAAUGAAUUUUUAACGAAUCCGGAAAACGAGCCGACUGCCGAAUUUGCAAUCAAUGAAUUGAAGAACAAUGAAGAAAUGGCUUUUGCACUUGAUCCAUCAGACAUGAUCGUUUACGAGGAAAACAUAUCCUCAAACACCGAUGUUGAAGGAACCCAACCUUGCGACGUUGAACGUAAUCUUCCAGUUGGUACCGUAGAGUUUUUAUCAGAGCCGGAAACGUGUGGCAAUGCCCCUAACGCUACACUGUCAACGAUCGUAGCGAAUCAAGUAGUGAUUAAUAAUAAUCAACUAAAAAUGAUGACUUUCUUGGCACAACUCGCAACCGCCGUUGAUAUGCUCAACAAAAGUGUAAUAUCAAUUGAGAACAGCGUGCAAUCCAAAUCUCGUCCUGAAGUUAUUGAGGUCACGUUCAAACCUGUCAGUUCCCGUGAGGAAUUGGACCACUUGGAAGCCGAUCUCAAAAACGAAUCAAACAUGUUGCGUUAUAUUGAAAAACUAAGUUCCAUUUGUGGAACUACUGGUAAAUCGGAUGGAAUUGACAGUGCGUACCGCCUUAUCGACUGCAUGGCAACUCGAGAAGUGAUAAACAUGUGCUCUUGGGCAGGACAAACCCGAGAAAAUUGCGAUCAAACUGGAGGUCUACCAAAUGGAGCGAUUGAAUCUGACGUGGGUUCAGUUAAGAUUCCGCUUAAAUUUUACACCAAGUUCCGUGAACUUUUCUUCAGAAUCAUUAAGUUGGCAGACCGAGAGUUCUCAGAAGCAUCCUGCGAGAAGUUCUUGAAGGGUAUAAUGAAAAACAGCAAACAACGAUUGGCCUCCAAAGUUGCGUCAACACACAAGAACCGACCGAAGAACCUAAAAUAUGAAACCAAGAAGAGUAAUAUUAGCGGAACCUCAUUGAAAAACGGAUAACACAUAUUUGUUCCUUCGAUAUAAUUUAAUUUAUUUUUAC